AUGGAGAUGGCUGAAGACGGAAACGUCGCUGCGCUUUUGGCGACCAAACUCGCAACACCCAUUGCCCAGCUUGGCCCCGAUUUGCCAGAUCAACCAUCGCGAACCGUGCGAGGCGAAGUUGGCAUUACCUGGCCCUACAACUCGGUCACCGAGACCUUUGCUUUCUUGCUGGCAGAGCCCGAUGUACGACUGCGUCGUGCUCGAGGUCAAGUUCGCAUCGAGCUCCAUGGUCCCAGCGCAAGGAUUCUUUCAAAAUGUGGUCUAGGAGCUGGUGAUGAGCUACUCUUCUCUCUAGAGGAAGUAACAUGGACAAAGGACACAUCGCCAGGCGGCAUCCCUGGCUCCAGAGUGGAAUGGCAAUUGCAGUUCGACGAGAAGUUUGUCUUGCAGAUAAAAUCUGGCGAAACAAACCAGCUCAGACACUUGAACAUCGACCAUCCCGAACUCGAGACCGAGGCCUCGCCUCGACCCCCGGCUCCGCCUGCGACAGCACCUCGACUAUCGACACCUGAGCCCGAAGAACCACCCGAACACGUCCCUACAAUCCGCAAAUUUUUCGAAGUUGCCGAGAACGAAUAUGCAUCCCCAGCACUCAUCAAACGGCAGCGACUGUCGUACGGUGCGCUGUUCGAGGAUGGGUUUGACCCUUUCGAGGAAGACGGAGGAGUCAAGGGCAAGGGUCGCAAACGAACUCGGUUUGGCCGCGACAGCAGUGCGUGGCGCUAUACCAGCCAGUCACCUAGUCCUGAACCUCAGUCACCGGCUGAGGAGUCUAUGGACGAAGAUGUGACCGAGAAAACGUCCCCGCAGCCUUCGCCACAAAAGGAAAUGCUGGAUGAGGGAGUCCAGACAGUCGAUAUUGAAAUGACCGAGCCCACGGACGAGGCGGUGCAAACAGAGCCAGUACAGCCCGAGUCAACACGGGUCGAAGCAGCGCAAACGGAGCCGAUGGAGACGGAGCCGGUACGGACAAAGCCAGUGCGGACACCCCCAGUGCGUACAGAGAGCGCCAUGGACGUGCUUAGCCAAGCAGCGCUUGCUCAUGCGCAGCAGGCACAGAAGUCUCCGGCUUCCGAGGAGCAACCCAGGCUUUCCCAAGCUCAGCAGGAGAAAAGGUCACCUGUUGCUCAGGAGCAGCCAGCUCUCACGAUGCCAGAAUUGCCCCCUGCUACCCCCCAACAUGACCAGGCUUCUGGAAAGCCCACUGAAAGCCGAUCCAGUCCCCCGGCUGCCAAUGCCAACACGGACAUGCCCAAACUUGAUGCCGCCCAAAAGCCUGCCACGGAUACGUUUGCUAGUAGCUCACUUUUUGGCACCCCCAAGACUCCUGGUUUCUCCAUGUUUGGCACUGGCCCGCCCGCCCGGAUCCAAUCACCUUCAAGCAUAGCAGACCAAGUUAGAUUCGGGUUUUCUCACAUUCCACAUACCGCACCCACUCCGGAUGCUCACGAUCAACAUUUCCAUGGGGCCACUGGCUUUGAUAAGAACGAGGCAUAUCCUGAUUCGUAUCUUGAUGACGCGCCGUCUGGUGUGCAUAUCAACAACUAUUUUGCGUCGGCCGACACUCAAGACCUGCCCAUUCAACAGCCUCCCAUGGCGGAGAACUUUGAUAACAAUCAGUGGACGGUUACUACAGAGUCCCCGCGCUAUAACCAAACCGAGGGCGGCCACUUUGGUGAUGACGCUCUGGAGGAGGGCACCCGGAUGCCUCCUGGCGAUGCGGCUCUCCACGCUGCUCAUGUUACUCCUAACACAUUGCCGGAUGGGUUUGCUAGCUAUGGGCAUGGCGGGUUGCAAGGCCAGUUUGCGGAUGGUGGACUUGCUACUCAGGAAGCUCGUGGCUAUGGAGAGGGUGAUGACUCACUUGAGGAAGACGCCGUUGGUGUAGACGAUGAGGAGGAUCAAGAUGCCGUCCAAGAUGAGUACGCGUAUGGUGAGCCCAUCGAAGAAGGCGAUUACGACCAGCGAAACUACGUUGAGCCCUCGGAUGAUGAUGAGGGUCUAUCUGAACAGGAAGAGGAGGUUCAUCAGGAGAUUGUUGAUCGGUAUGGUGAUGCUGGGGUGUUGGAUGAGUCUGAGUUUAAGGGAUUCAAUGAUUUGUCUGAGGACCAGGAGGAGGACGAUGAAGAGGAGUAUGAUGAGGAGGAGGAGGGGGAUGAGUAUGAUGAUUAUGAGGAGGCUCCGGCGGCUAAGCCAGUUUAUACUGGGAGGGUGCUGCCGCAGGCGAAUCCGAAGGGGCCGAUGGUGAUUAGCUUGCUUUCGGACUCUGAGGAUGAUGACGUGUCUAUGCCUGCGCCCAAGGCACCUCCGGCUGCUGAACCGACGCAGGAGACUCGUAAGAGCCCGGGGAUUGGUUCUGAUCAGGUUGAUCCGGGUCUUUCUGAGGAGGUUGAGGAAUCUGAGGAAGCUAAGGCAUCUGAAGCAGCUAAGGACUCUGAAGAGGACGAGGAGGGAUCUGAGGAGGAGGAUCGGGAGCUUGAGGAGGAUGUCUAUGAUUCUGAGGAGGAGAUGCCGGAUGCUGAAGAGGAGGUCUCGGAGGUUGGAGGGGCUGGAGUGGAGUAUGAAUCAGCAUCUGAAGACGAAGUUGGAGAUCUCGAGGUGGAGGAAGCUUCUGUUGGAGAUGAAGAUGAAGAUGAAGACGAAGCUGAAGACCACACGGCGGAAGGGGCUUCCGACGAAGAUGAAGAGCCUGAAGAGGAAACCUCGGGCCGUGGAGAUGAAGCGCCACAACCAAGGGAUGGGCCUUCAGCCAGAGAUGAGGCUUCGGAUGACGAGCAUGAGGCUACAGCGCUCAAGUGUGAGGUUUCGAAGCCCAAGGAAGCAGCCAACGAGGCCGAAGACGAGGCCCCUGCGGUUGCUGGUGGCCAGACCCAUGUGGUUGACUUUGCUGUUCACCAAGCUGAUGGGCACGACGAGCAAGCACGCGCACCCGCUGAUGAGCAUGGCGACAAGGAAGACUCCUUUGUCAUGUCGGCACCUGAAGACACGGACGAGGUGUCUGGUUCCGAGUCUGAACUUGAGAUUGAACCGCCCAAGGUUGCUGCUGUUUCAGAGUCGGAGGAUAAGGCAUCCGAGGCUGAACCGGUGGCCGCCUCUCCCGAGAAGGCUGCCGCUUCAGAGUCGGAAGAUAAGGAAUCCGAGGCUGAAGAGCCGGCUGCUACUGCUACAAACGAAGCCGAGGAGAUUGAACCAAAGGUCGACCAGUCAGAUGCCGCAGCCAAAUCGGAACUUGAGCGGCCAGAUGUCACUGCUGCCGAGUCGGCCAGCCAAUUCGACGUUGAUGAUGAACCCGAGCAUGAACACGAUGCUGAUUAUAUCCCUUCGGAAGAUGAGAAUGACGAAAUUGACGUGGCUGACGAUGUGCCCUCCGGGGACUUCGACAGGGAACUCGAGGAUUUCUAUGACGACAUGGUACUGGAACAACUCGAACAAGAGCAGGCUAACCAGCGUAUGGCGUCCGAGUCGGCAGAUGACAAGAUGUCACUUGCGAGUCAAGUCGAGGCCGAUGACGACCAGAUGGAUGUCGAAGACGACCACGAAAAAGCCAGCACGGCCGAACCCAUGUCGGUGGUUGACGAUGACGUCGAUGUUGAUAUGCUUGAUGCGGGAACGCCGCAUUUCGAGUCGCCUAUGGAAGCAGAGACGCCACGAGCAGAGGUCGAGUCUAGCAUGAUCAUUACCGAGGUGAUUGAGGAGGUUGUUGAGGAGACUGUUAUCAUGGAGGUGACGACUGAGAUUCUUGUAGAGGAUGCUGCUAUGGACCAGGAAGCGACUGAGGAAGCACAGGAAGAGGUGUUGGAGGACACACAGCAGCAAGAGGACACGGAUGCUGUCGAGGAAGUUCAUCUGGAGCCUGUUAAGGAGGCAGAGGAAGAAGUCCCGGUGCCUGUUGUCGACGAGGAGAAGCCAGCAGUGGUGUCUCUGGAGUCGGUUGAGGGUGCAACUGCACCAGCCAACAAUGAAGCAAUGGGUAAAGAAGUCCCUGCCUCGCCUCCUCUCACCAACUCUUUUGCAUCUCAGAAGAAACUGUCGCCAUUCGCCCAAGGGUUUCAGGAAGCAAUGCGGGAGACAGAGCUGCCCCCAACCCCUCUGCAGAGCAUGGUGCAAGCGGAGCCUGAGGAUCACGAUGUCGAGGAGGAACAAGAAACCCAGCAGGCUGACGCGGGUGUUAUUCUAGAGCAGCCAGGCAACAACAGUGCUGGCUCGCCAGAUUUGAGCUUCAACGCGGGCGAGUCUGAUGCGGAAGAAGUCGCGUCAGUCCUGAGUGCGCCUGUUCGGAAGGCUGCAGCGACGCGUGCAAGCAACCGGAAUAAGAACAAGAAAAAGGCCGUCAGAGGCAAGAGCGCACAAUUAGAGCUUUCCGAGCCGCCCACGCAAACCAGAGCUGUUUAUAAGAGCGCCGAGGAAGAAAUCACGGUCCAGACGCCAUCCUCUCAAGAGCACAUGUCACCGCAACCCGAAAUGGCAGCGUCAUCAUCCUCCUCGCCAGAUGUGAGCGUCAAGCUCGCCCAGCAGUCGGUAGCAGCGCGACGGAGCAAGAGAGGGCAACCACAGCCACAGGAGCCGCAGCCAACACGAAUUAGCCCGCGACUUGCCAGGAGGCGGUCGAACAGCUUACAGUCGAGCAACCAGGACGCCGAGGAAGAGCCCAAGGGGUCUUUUAACUUGCCCUCCAACCGCGAUCUCAGCGUUUUAUUGGCGAGAGGCGCGCUGGCCUCGCCAUCCAAGGGAGAUGUCAGCGUCGGCCUCGCAAAGGAUGCGCUGAAUUCUCCGUCCAAAACCAAGUCAGCUUCCCCUCUGGUCGACGACAACAACACCAGCACCGCCGCCUUGAAGGCCGAUCUGACCAAGCGCCUCCGCCAGGAAUUCCCCGACUGCAUCAACUUGACCUCACUGAAAUACCACGUGGACGAGCACCCCGUCGUCGCCGCGAUUGUCACCUCUGAACCCACCACGCCUGUCCGCGCCAAGAAGGGACCGAGGGAAUACGUCAUGUCGUUUCACAUUACCGACCCGUCGAUCGCGCCGGGUAGUGUUGUGGAGGUGCAGCUGUACCGACCACACAAGGAGUCGCUGCCUGUUGUCAGGGUGGGGGAUGCGGUUUUGCUGCAGAGGCUGCAGGUCAAGUCGAUUAGCAAGAAGGGGUUUGGGCUGAGGUCGGGGGAGGAGUCGAGCUGGGCGGUGUUUGAUGCUGAUGAGGGGGCGCCGCAGGUUAAGGGGGCGCCGGUGGAGGGUUGGGAGGGUUAUAGGGGGUAUAUGACUGGUUUGAGGGGGUGGUGGAGGAGUUUGGAUUCGGGUGCUAGGGGGAGGGUGGAGAGGGCGGAUAGGAAGAUGAGGGAGGCUAAGUAG